CCCAGCAUGCAGCUCGGCGCCGAUAAGAAACGGCAAGAUGGCGACUAAAAUAAGCAAAGAGGGUCCCCCUCCUUUUGAUUGUCCAACAUGGGCAGGCAAGCCUCCCCAGGGUCUCCAUCUAGAUGUGAUGAAGGGAGACAAACUCAUGGAGAAACUGAUCAUAGAUGAAAAGAAGUACUAUCUGUUUGGGAGGAACCCAGACUGGUGUGACUUCACUAUCGACCAUCAGUCAUGUUCACGUGUCCACGCAGCCUUGGUCUAUCACAAACAUCUGAAGAGGGUCUUUCUUAUUGACCUCAACAGCACUCAUGGUACUUUCCUUGGACACAUCCGUCUGGAGGCGCACAAGCCUCAACAAGUUCCCAUAGACUCCACGAUAUCUUUUGGGGCUUCGACACGGACCUACACCAUCAGAGAGAAACCCCAAACCCAAGGCACAGCUGGUACAGGAGACAGUAAGACGGGAGAAGACGAAGAGCUGAAAGGACUGCUUGGGCUUCCAGAGGAAGAGACAGAGCUGGAGAACCUGACAGAGUUCAACACGGCCCACAACAAGCGCAUCUCCCUGCUGACCAUAGAGGAGGGCAACCUAGAAAUCCAGAGGCCUAAGAGGAAACGGAGGAACUCUAGAGUAACCUUCAAUGAGGAGGACUCCGUCAUUAACCCAGAGGACAUUGACCCCUCGGUGGGACGCUUUAGAAAUAUGGUGCAGACAGCUGUCGUCCCAAUAAAGAAACGGAGAUCAGAGGGCCUUAACAGUCUUGGUCUUGAUGACAUUGGUUCAAAGCGUAUCCACGCCUACAGCUUGGGUGGUGGUCUCUAUGGCGACCUGCCUCCCACCAGUCAUGAGAACCAGCCUACAGGAGCCCCAGGAGGUGCUGCUAUGCAGGGAGGGCUCCCUCUGCCCUUCCCCAAUCCAGCACCAGAGGUGGACCUGGCCCCAGAUGCUCCCCAGCCCCCCGUCACUCUCAACCCCACCCCUGUCACAGCCCCCUACCUACCAGAGACCCUCAACGAGCCCCGCAAAAAGAAGUAUGCCAAAGAGGCUUGGCCAGGAAAGAAACCCACCCCCUCACUACUCAUCUAACCAGUUUGUUCAAGCUGCUGACUCUCAGGUUACCAGCGGCUACAUCAGGGACUGUGACCUGGCAGGGGCGGAGUCAUACGCUUCCAAAUGUUUUCUUUUUCUAUUUUUUAUCAGUUGUGCUUCUCGUUGUCAUCACAGGAAAACACCACAGCAUUCCCUGUGGUCUGUCACUGUGCCCCGUGGACAUUACAAAGUCGGCAGAUGGCUACAGCAGAAUCUUGUCUUUUUUCUUUAUUGCAAAGAAAACGUAUCAAACUUUUAAGACCUACUGUUAGCAUUGACAUUAUCAGUGAGUCAGAGACUACAUGGAUGUGAUGGCCCCCUUUUUUUUUGGUUGUGUUGGGUGUAAAGUUGGAUUUUUUUUGUACUAAACAUGUUUCAACAGUUAGUUUUUGUCACUCCAGUAUUUUGAUAAUGCUGUCUAAAGACUGACAAAAAAGUACUUUUUAUAAGAGAUUUUACUGUGAGAGGGGAGGAGAGUCAGAGACAUGAAGUAAGUUUCUAUCGACACACAGGGCUGCUUUUCAUUUUUUUUCAAACCUGUUGAUAAAAUGUGAUGAAGUGUUUGACUCACUUAAACAUUUCCAUGUAUGUAUUAGACCAACAUGACGUCAACCAAAGUGUCUUUUAUUUGUCCUAUAAGCCAUUAGAUGGUGACUUGAGCACAGAACAUUUGGCUGCAGACUUGCAGGUGCCGUUGCAAUGACCAGUUGAACUAACCUUAACAUUGUUGGGGAAAAAAAAACAUGUUGCACCCCAUGAAAUAGUCUCACAAGCUUAUAGUAUAUUGUUCUGCAUAUAAAAAGCCAUUUCCCCUAAACAAACGGUAUAUGGAUCCUAUUUUUCUUUGGCUUUUGAUGAAAUGUUGGGCACCAGUAGACUGUAAAUACAAGGACCUUACAGUUGUCUAUGUUGUCAAAUACAUUGUCUCUCAUUAGUAAUAACAGUAAAGACAGCAUAUUAACAAAUACCAACUUUGCUGCACAAUAAAGAGCUAGUUUAAAAAAGAAAGUUCUUGAUUUUCGUAAGUAUAAUUUAAUGGUCAAGUAGCAUGUUAGCUUAUCCACUUGCAAUAGAGUGCAGGGCAGCUUGAACGGUGUCCUUAUAAUUUGUUUUGUUUCACCCUGGACUGAUUUGUGACAUAGGUGUCACCUGUGUUUGCACAGAAGCAGAAAACAUAGUAAGAUAAGUAUGAAUGGAGAAACCAGGACAGUCAUUAAAAGUCCUCAGCCGGAGCGCGCUGUGGUCUUGUGUGAAAUGUUGUCAAACCAAGAGGCCACCACAGAAACAACUUUCUUCUUUUAAGAGGUUGUCUUGGUAGUUCAGCUCUCAACCUUGAUGUGAAUUAUAGGGCUGGUAUUUAUCUGGAGAAAGUUAAGUUGAUACUAAAUGCAUACAUAAAUAUUUUCUGUGAAGUUUAACUCUUUAAUGCAGUGUGACAUCAUCACAGAAAAUGCACAGCUCAUUUGGCCAUUUCAUAGAAUCUUAAAAUGAGUUGUAAAAGGGUGGAGAUCAAGGAACAUGGAGGACUUUUACUUUUACAAUCUGCUGAUGACUUUUUGCCCUUGUGGGAGUGUGAAUUUUGUAUUCCUAUAACUGUAAAUAAAAAAUGAACUACUUUUGA